AGUGAACCGCAUCCCAUCAUGGCCCUAUGAUCGGCCACCAUACGUACCAGAUUCGAAUCCCAUCGGACGCGGGCGGGUGUGACGUCUUAAUAAGCCUGAUUUGUCUAAAAGUAUUAACAUAAUUAGUCGUGCUUCUGAAGUGAGUGGAUGUGUGAAAAUGUUGCAACAGUUUGACGCAGCUAGUGAGAUCACCUGCGAUACAACCUGUGCCUCCGCUACUACCCCUUUUUCGGUGAAAGACAUUCUGAAUAUGCAGCAGGGGGAGACCGAGUAUUAUAGUGCGCUGCAGAAAAACGGGUGCAUAAAGAGGGAAGGUUACGCCGACGUCCACAACCCAUGCUGGGAGAACUACUACUACAACAACGCCGACCAGUACGGGUACUACUGCCAGAACGACGUAGACAGUUACAAUAAAGGAUACUGGGGUUGUGACGCAUACCAACCUGAAACAGGUGCGAAUUUCCAGCAAAUGAGCUGCUUCUACCAGAAUGCUAACCAACAGAAUGACAUUGGUUGUGACAGGGAUCACAAAGAGUUGAGGUGCGAAGGGUACGUCAAACUGGAAAGUCCAAAAACCCAACAAGUGACCAGUUCGAAUACAGAACUCCGAAAAGCGGCCAGACAAAGGACGAAACGGAAACCAAGGGUGCUGUUCUCUCAAGCACAAAUCUACGAGCUCGAGCAGAGGUUUAAAAGGCAGAAGUACCUCUCGGCACCCGAAAGGGAGCAAAUGGCACAGGGUCUGAAACUGACACCAACGCAAGUCAAAAUAUGGUUCCAAAACAGAAGGGUAUAAGAGCAAAAAAUUGAAGACAGAAAAAGAAGGGGACAAAAAAAAGGCUGAAGGCACCAUAGCAAGCCCAAACUACAACUUGACACAGCAAAUGUCGCAUAAUCCACAUUUUUACCAAAUGAUGAAUCCUGUCUUUCCACAAUCGAAUGAUUCUUACUCUGAUAUUAUCCUGAAUUUUUGAUGAAAGACUUGUGAACGUUUUGUGUAUAAAGACGAUCUAAAAGAUUUGUGCGCGUUCAUAUUAGACUCAAAGAAACUCGAAGGGUUGAUCUCAAAAGCAUUUUCUACAACCACUAAAGAAGCAUAUUAUGUUGUAUAAAAAAAAUUCAUAUAUUAUAUGAGAUGAUUCGGUUGCCAGUUAAUCAAUUAAUUUGAUACAUCCUCAAAGAUAAUGAUCAAGAGUAUGUUGUUAUGGUAAAUGCAUGAUACAUAUUACAGUUACCAUGUUAGAAUUAAACUGAGAUGAAUAAAAGCU